AAGGAAAUAUUGUAUCGAUGGAACAUGAAGAAUGCAUAUUCAUAAACCGAAAAUAUAGAUAAUGUGCUCUAUUUAAUCCAGACAGACAAAGUAUUUCUCUGUUUUCCUUGAUAUUCAUUAUGAGGGUUUUUCUUUCAACUGUAUUUUUUGUCGUCGGUUUACAAGGUGUCAGUAGUGGUACCACGUGUCAGAAUGGCUGGACUGGAUACAACUCGAGGUGUUACCUGUUUGUCAUGCAUAUGUCAGCGGACUGGAACGAAGCAUCGCAAUUUUGUCACACACAAAACUCUAGACUGGCUGAAAUUUGCAACAAUAGAACAGAUAACUUUCUGAUCCAGCACCUCAAAGACUAUGGACGGCACGCUAACUUCUGGGUAGGCGGAACUGACGUCAUAAUAGAGGGAGAUUGGAUGUGGGCUUUAUCACAGACUCCAGUAUAUCAUUACACAAAUUGGGGCCCCGGACAGCCAAAUAACCUUCAAUCUGGCCAAAACUGCAUGGAAAUGUCUGCAGUUAAUGGUUAUCUAUGGAACGAUGCACAAUGUUCUCUUAGACAAUAUUUCAUUUGUGAGCAACCAAGUGCAUCUGGACCAGUAGUUGGAUGAUUCGCUGAUAUUAGAUAAAUGAUUUUCAAGUCAAUAAAAAAAGGGGAA